AUGAGCAAGGCGCUCUCCCUCCCGCGGCAUCUCUCACGAAGCGCAACGACCGCUCUCCGGAAUCCCUCAUGCCUGCGACAGUAUGCGACAGUCUCACCCGCCCCCGAGCGACAUCCCGCCGAGCGAGAUAAUGCAGAGCUCGAGCAGAUAACCACAUUACCAAAUGGCAUUAGAGUAGCCACGGAGGCUCAGCCGGGACACUUCUCGGGUAUUGGAGUCUACAUCGAUGCCGGAUCACGGUACGAGACCGACGCUCUACGGGGAGUCUCACACAUUAUCGACCGGCUGGCUUUCAAAUCGACAACAAAGCGAACCGCUGAUCAGAUGCUGGAGUCGAUGGAGUCGUUGGGAGGCAACAUCCAGUGCGCAUCAUCCAGAGAAGCUCUGAUGUACCAAUCCGCUACAUUCAACUCUGCAGUACCAGACGCAGUUGCUCUACUCGCGGAGACAAUCCGGUAUCCGAACAUCACAGAAGAGGAGGUUGCGCGACAGCUGGAGACAGCAGAUUAUGAGAUCGGCGAGAUUUGGGGCAAGCCGGAGCUGAUACUGCCGGAGCUGGUACACAUGGCAGCGUACAAGGACAAUACCCUGGGCCUCCCACUACUAUGUCCAAAGGAGAGGCUGGACAGCAUCAAUCAGCGCACUGUGGAAGCAUAUCGUAAGGCCUUCUUCAAGCCGGAGAGGAUCGUCGUCGCGUUUUCUGGCGUACAACAUGAGACUGCAGUCAAACUUUCGGAGCAGUACUUCGGUGAUAUGGCAACGCAGAGCAUUACCACAUCGGCUUCGGCGCAAGAAGCACAACAGGUGCAGCCUCCUUAUCCGACCUCACAAGUUCCUCCUCAAAACGACUCGCGGCUCUCGUCACGAAUACCGUUUUUGAAGAAUCUGUCGACCUCGGCUUCGCAAAAGGCGACUGUGUCGCCGCUUGACCCAUCUCAAAUCAUUCCUGAUCCGUUGGAGCAGCCCAUUGACUACGAUGCUCCGUCGCACUACACAGGUGGCUUCUUGACCCUGCCACCCUUGGAAAUUCCUCCCAGCCCCAUGCUUCCGCGAGUCUCCCACAUUCACUUGGCCUUCGAAUCCUUCCCAAUUGGAUCGCCUGACAUAUACGCACUCGCAACGCUGCAAACACUACUUGGAGGAGGUGGAUCUUUCUCCGCCGGUGGUCCUGGCAAGGGCAUGUACAGUCGUCUCUACACGAAUGUGCUCAACCAGUACGGCUGGGUGGAGAACUGCCAUGCGUUCAAUCAUGCAUACAUCGACUCUGGCCUUUUCGGUAUCUCAGCAAGCUGUGCCACCCAAUUUGUGCCGCGCAUGUUAGACACUAUGGCUCGUGAGCUGAGCCUCCUCAGCACCGAGACUGGACUUGGCCGAUUAUCCGAGAUUGAGGUCAAGCGGGCCAAGAAUCAGCUUCGAUCGUCCUUGCUCAUGAACCUCGAAUCGCGGAUGGUCGAGCUUGAGGAUCUCGGCAGGCAAGUGCAGGUCCACGGUCGUGUCAAGCCUGUGAAGGAGCUGGUUGAGGGCAUUGAGAAAGUGACCAUGACUGAUUUGAGGAGGGUUGCCAAGCAGGUCUUCAGCGGACAGGUGAAGAACCGAGGCAACGGCUCUGGCGCGCCGACUGUCGUGCUGCAACAGGGCAAAGAGGAGGGUGUCGCCCUACAGAACUUGCCUUGGAGCAAUAUCCAGGAAAGGAUUGCUAAGUGGGGGCUUGGAAGAAUGUAG